AUGGCGGGGAGAAUGAGAAGAUGGACUGGAAGGGAUCUGAAUGUAAGAAGAGAGUGUGUUAGGAUCAUCUAUGAAAGAGUGGCAAAACCUGCACUACUAUACGGGGUACAGGUGUGGGGUGCCAGAGUGAAUGAUAGCAGGAUACGACGACAGAUACUAGCCGCGCAGAGACCUUUUCUGCUGGUGAUAAGUGGGGCAUACAAAACGACUGCCAAUGCUGCACUAGCAGUACUGGCGGGGGUAGCCCCACUCAACAUAGAGGCGGCGGUUAGAUAUCAGGAAUGGAUGGAGAAUGGAAGGGAGAAGAAUGGAGCAAGAGUGACAGAGAAAGAAAGGGUAUCACCAUGGAACGCCGGGAGAGUACUGGAGAAUUGUGAUAACAUGACCGAGGUAUAUGUGGACGCUAGUAGGACAGAUGACGGGAGAAUGAGCGUAGGCUGGGCAUACAAAGAAAGGAAUGAAU